AUGUCCCUUCUACGGGAAGCGGAAAGAUGUCUUGUUAACCGAAAGGCCUUUGCGAGCCUCAAUGCCUUCGUAACGCCGCUCGAUCGAGUCGGAUCAUGGAUUGAACGUGUGAAAGACGCCGAUGCUCGGCGGAAGCGAGGCGCGCCGAAGUCAUCAUUAGACGGAAAACUCAUCGCCAUUAAAGAUAACAUCUGCACUCGUGAUGUUCGAACGACAUGUGCCUCUGCGAUCCUCGAAAACUUCACGAGCCCGUUCAAUGCCACAGUGGUGGAGCUUCUAGAGGAAUCUGGUGCUAUUGUUGCCGGGAAAACUAAUCUGGAUGAGUUUGGAAUGGGGUCACACUCUACAUACUCUCAUUUUGGGCCAGUGAAAGGGGUUCGUGCGGAUGACUUGGGCUAUGUAUCCGCGGGUGGGAGCUCUGGAGGUAGUGCGAUUGCUGUAGCUACCGAACAGUGUUACGCAGCACUAGGAACUGAUACGGGGGGUUCUGUUCGCUUGCCAGCUGCUUAUACGGGAACUGUUGGUUUCAAGCCCUCAUAUGGGUUAUUAUCGAGGUGGGGAGUGGUGGCGUAUGCAAAUUCCCUUGAUACGGUUGGGAUAAUUGGAGCAAAUACCUCCACGGUUAGUGAAGUUUUCGGAGUGUUAAAUCGCUAUGACCAUCGAGAUCCAACCAGCAUCUCCAAGGCUACUCGUUCUCGUAUCGACGAAAUAACUGGGAGUACCUCGAAAACGCGGAGCGAAAGAUUGCGCAUUGGCGUUCCCAUAGAGUAUAAUAUUCUCGAACUAGACCCUUUUGUUCGCGAAACGUGGCGUAAAUCGAUCCAGCAUCUGAAAAAUCAAGGUCACACCGUUCAUCCCGUUUCUCUUCCCGCAACAAAACAAGCAUUGUCCGCAUACUACGUGCUCGCGCCAGCUGAAGCAUCUUCUAACCUUGCCAAAUACGACGGUGUCCGCUAUGGUACCCGUGACCUUGAUUCCCCGGAUAAUACAGGAGGAUAUCUUUACGCAAGGAGCCGCGGUUCAGGUUUCGGACCCGAGGUUAAGCGACGCAUCGUUCUAGGCGCGUUUUCUCUCAGCGCUGAAGCGAUAGAUAACUACUUUAUCCAAGCCCAAAAGGUCCGGCGACUAGUCCAAUCGGACUUCAAUAAAGUGUUCCGUCUUCACAAUCCAUUGCUCCAGGCAACCCUUACGUCUCACCCUAAAGCCCUGGAAUCCGACGGCGAUACGGCUGAGAAGGUAGAUGUUCUUGUCUGCCCGACUGCUCCGUCACCUCCUCCUCUCCUAUGCUCCCUGGAGAAUGCUGCGCCGACUGAAGCGUACACCAACGAUGUCUUUACCGUCCCGGCUAGCUUGGCAGGUCUUCCUGCUUUGAGUGUCCCUGUUACUCCUGGAGAUCGUGAGCAGGAGAGUCCUCUCGGUAUACAGGUCAUUGGGCAGUUUGGAGAUGACCAGCUAGUCUUGGAUGUUGGGAGCAGACUCGAGAAGAUGAAUAUACAAUAG